GCGGGUCUCUCGUCGAACACUCUUCCAGGCAACACUCAGGCUCACGCGCACCUGCCUGUACACAGGUGAGAGAGGUUAUGAGUACAGCAAGUAGACUUGCUAAAUAGACGUUUGAGCAGUUAUGUUAUUUCUAGUACGCCUGGUUUCUGUUCUUCUCUAACAUUUGACAUUCAUAGCCUUAGAGCGUGCGUUAACAUUAGAGCGGGCGUUAAGUAAAGAGCAGUUUGGACAUUUAAGCGUCUUCUUCAAAUUCAUCGUAAGAUUGUAUUGGCUUCAAAUACGUUGUAAGAGCGCCGCCGUUACUGGGAGAUUGAAUUAUUUACUCAUGGCAACACCAAAGCGCCAUGGACGGGCGAGAUAUCUGCUGCCAGACUGUUACCAUGAAGGCUUUCUGGUAAAGAAAUCUAUUAAAGACAAGAUGGGUCGUAAACUCUGGACCAGUUUAUGUGGCAAUUCACUCUUUUUCUUCAAUAACAACAAAGAUAAUGUUUAUAUAGAGAAGCUGGAGCUCUCUGAUCUCGUCUCCGUGAGAGAUGAGUGCUGUCGUGACCGAAACCUGGAUGCAGCUCGAUUCACUCUGCAAAUGAAAAAUGAUGACAUCAAGAUGAUAGCCCCAAGCCUUGAGUCUCGAGAGCUGUGGAAAGGUUUCAUACUUGCUGUUUCUAAGCUGUCUGUGCCCAGCUUUCUGAAUCUGCUGCCAGGCCAGAUUCACAUGAUGAAAGAAAUUAUUGAGAAAGAGAAAAAGAGGCAACAACCUCCUACAGCUCCCUCAGCAGCUCCUAACUUUUAUGUUCCUGUACUGCCAGACAUGCCUGCGUGCUAUCGUGAUGUCAAUCGUGUUGAAGCUGAGCUCUUAUUGGAAAGGAAUGCUGAAUGGGGAAACCUACUGCUGAGGCCCGGCCGAGAUGGGGCAUCUUUUGCUGUAACCACUCGCCAAGAUGUCAACGGAUCAGUUUUCAGACAUUAUCGUGUGACUCGGAAGCACAAAGGGGGAUUCACCAUUGACCUCGAGACUCCUAUCUCCUGUCCCACUCUGCAUGAUGUCAUCAACUGCCUGGUUGAGAUGACCAAUGGGGUUUUGGAGCCUCUUCUACUGGAGCAACACUAUGAGGAUAAUAUCACGUUUGUUAAGGCCAAUGAGGAAAAUGGGGAAAUAAGUGUACAUUGUGCCUCCAUUCGACCUUCACCGUCUCCACAAGUUCCACCAGUUCCACCCCCUAAACCAAUCCAAAUGGAUCACAUGGCCGAUUCAGAGCCACUGGCAAACAACACACUGGAAAGCAUCUACCUCAAUGACCAAGAGGAUGAGGUAGAUCAGGGUGCUACUGCUAGACCCCCUGUACAACCACGCCCUCCAGUUUUGGCAGUGCGAUUUUUGCCACAUCAGAAUUCAAUGCCGCCUGACUUGAACACCAGUUCAGGUGGUGAAAAAAAAGCAUUGAUACCCCCUGGCUACCCUAUUGUGUCUGUUCAAAGCUACAGUGUGUCAAACGUGCUUGAGAACACAGAGAAUACUCAGCUUGGACCACAGCCUACAGCUUUAUCACAGGAGCUCAAGAUGGUUUUUAAGAAGAGACGUGCUAUCCAAGAAUCAUGAUGUUAGGAAAACAGCAACUUUAACAGUUGCAUUGUGGAACAAGGGACAAUUACCCAAGUAUUAAACUGGUCUUAAAUGUAUACGUGGAAUCUUUUGGAUACAUAGCUGUACUCACCUGAACACCGUAUCCAUGGGAGUCGACUUGGCUCAGACUCAGCCAGUCAGAUUUGUCUGCUGCUGUCCAGUUGGAUGUAUCAAUGAGUAGGCACUUGAAUCAAGUCGGCUGCUCUUUCUGUAUUAAGAUGCAUUUCUUGUGGACAAAUAUUUAAAAAGUUGGGUCCUAGCCAGAGUCAUGAUUGGUCAGAAAAUCAUCCUCAGGGGAUGGAAGUCGGCUGGGGCACACUCAUUUAGGCAAUGGUGCGGGAAGAUGGGCGAGGUGGCGGUGUUUGAGAUGUUUUUAGAACGCUGGGGAAAUGGGGUUUGUUCGUCAGCAUAAUGUGAAUAAUUGAUUCAGUUUAUAUUGUUUGUAUGUUUUAUCUUUGGAAUCAAAAAAAUUACUUGUUACAAUCAAUUAGUAGAUAUUAUACCAAGAUAUUAACUAUUAUGUGUCACAUUGUGGCCUUUGUAGCUACUUACAGUAAAUCACUACUGUUGUGUAUGAGUCACAACUCAAAUUACAAGUGUAUCUCUAGUAGCCUUUAUCUCAUCUACAUAUUGCAAAAUAUUUAUCUCUGUUCCAGAGAUUAUUUACAUGAAGUUGAGCACGUAUGCAAACUUGCCACUCACAUAUAAAUGUUUCGUCUUGAAUUCCUAAAUGUCAGAUAGCUGGUCUGUCUUUUUUUCUGUCUCUCAUAUACAGUACAACAAACAUUAGGCUUGCUAUAUAUAUCACAAGGAGUUGUUGGUAACAUGCUAUGCUGUAUUAUAGGCUUUAUUAUAUGGGGAAGUUGCAGGUCUACUUUCUAAACAUAUUUUACAGAAACUUAAAACAAAUGUGAUGUUUCUUUGUUCCUGUUAAAAUUGAUCACUGGUUUAAUACUAUAUGUUCUGAGAACAAUAUAUGAUCACAAAAAUAAAGUAUAUCUCCCACUUCCUCCCU